UGUGGUUAGUAAAGGUAAGAGAGAGGUAAGUAGUUCAGGCUAUAGGUUGUAUACAGUAUUUGAACCGUGGUCUGGGAGGAUUUUGCUGUACUUUGUUCUGUGAGAGUCAGCAGAAAGGUGUGAGGAUUAUAAAUAAGGCGGAAGGUUGUAACUGGGGCUUCACAUGGCAGCCAUGCUCGCCUGGAUUUCCCUCGGCUUGCUCCUCGUGCUCGAACACAGCGUGUCUGGACUCAGCACCUUAAGAUGGUGCACAAUUUCCACUCAGGAAGAGGCCAAGUGUUCGGCCAUGUCUCAGGCCUUCAGCAGCGCUGCAAUCCGGCCAACAGUGCAGUGCAGCCGGGCAGCCUCUGUAGCAGAGUGCGCACAGAAACUCACGAAAAAUGAAGCUGAUGCGUUUUCUACCAGUGCCAAAGACAUCUAUGAAAUUGGAAAGCAAGCUUCCUUUAAAAUAGCAGCAGGAGAGUCCAGUUCUGAUGGGGAAGAAGGAACAACUUACUAUGCAGUUGCUGUGGUGAAAAAGAACAAUACAGGCAUUAACAUCAACACCCUGAAGGGCAAGAAGUCAUGCCACACAGGCCUCGGUCGCACAGUUGGCUGGAACAUGCCCGUGGGUUAUUUGAUUGACAGCGGAAAGAUGUCUGUUAUGGGCUGUAAAGUAACAGAAGGGGUUGCAGAUUUCUUCAACGCUAGCUGUGUUCCUGGAGCCGUGAAUGAGCCAUCGUCCCUGUGCCAGCUCUGUGCAGGAGAUGGUUCUGGAAGCCAUAAGUGUGAGGCCAGCGUUAACGAGAAAUACUACGCAUAUAAUGGAGCUUUCCGGUGCCUUGUGGAAAAUGCAGGAGACGUAGCCUUUGUUAAACACACCACUGUUGGUGAAAACACUGAUGGUGAAGGGGAGCAGUGGGCCCAGGGUCUCCGCUCUGCAGACUAUGAUCUGCUUUGUCCAGAUGGAACUCGCAGGGCUGUCUCAGAUUACAGAUCUUGUAAUCUUGCCAGAGUGCCGUCGAGAGGCAUUGUGGUCCGUAAAGACAUUGAUGGCUCUACGGUGUACACCAUGCUCAGGGAGGGAAUGCAAAAGUCUGGCUUUAAUCUUUUCUCCUCGGUGGUUUUUCAUGGAGAAAACCUGUUGUUUAGUGACAGCUCAACAAAGUUCAUCCCUGCUGGAAGUGAAGACUACAUUCAGUGGAUGGGUCAGCGAUACUAUAACAUAUUAAAAGCUAUGGAUUGCUCUCCCGCGGACGUGCCUCAGUAUCUGCAGUGGUGUGUGCUGUCUCAGGGAGAACAGCAGAAGUGCGCGGACAUGGCCGUAGCUUUCCAAAAGAAGGGACUGACUCCCUCCAUCAGAUGUGUUUUUGGAAAAUCUGUGGAUGACUGCAUGAAGAAAAUACAGAAUAAAGAGGCGGAUGCUGUCAAUUUUGAUGGAGGAUACAUCUAUACAGCAGGGAAGAGCUUUGGCUUAGUACCUGCUGCUGGUGAAAGCUACACAGAAGACAAUGAUGGCAGUAUCUAUUAUGCGGUGGCUGUUGUGAAGAAGAGCAACGGAAACAUCCAGAGAUUCAGUGAUCUGAAAGGUCGGACGUCGUGUCACACAGGCUACGAGAGGACCGCUGGCUGGAACAUUCCUAUGGCCACCCUUAUAGAGAAAGGCCUGAUCAGACCACAGCAAUGCAAAGUGGCCCAGGCUGCUGGAGAGUUUUUCAAAGGGAGCUGUGUGCCGGGUGCCAACGCGCCUGGAUUACCCAGUAACCUCUGCUCACAGUGCAUUGGAACCUCCACUGGCCAGAACAAAUGUGUUAAAGGCCAGGAUCUCUAUGAUGGCUACAAUGGAGCCUUUAGGUGUCUUGUUCAGGGUUCAGGAGAGAUUGCCUUUGUGAAACAUUCUACAGUUUUCCAGAACACUGAUGGAAAUAAUCUGGAUCCCUGGGCCAUUAAUCUAAACUCUAAGGAAUUCCAGCUGCUGUGUUCUCAAGAGUCUCGUGCGGAGGUCACUCAGUAUAAACAGUGUAACCUGGCCCGUGUUCCUUCUCAUGCUGUAAUGGUACGAAACGACACCAACCCGCACGUUAUCUUUGGUCUACUGGACAAAGCCCAGCAAUUCUUCGGAGUUAACUCUGGCUCUGAUUUCAAGAUGUUUGACUCAAGUAAAUACGAGGGAUCAGACCUCAUCUUUAAAGACUCGACUGUAAACAUAGUUGGUGUUGGAGAGAAAAAGACCUAUGAGGAAUGGCUCGGACAGCAAUACCUCGAUGCUCUUGUGGCCAUGGAGUGCCCUUCCUCUGCAUCAGCUUUGUCUUCAGUCACGCUGCUUCUGGUCACCAGCUUGUCCGUCCUCUUCUCCUUUAUGGCUGUGUAGCAAGUCUACCAGCUAUCCGAAGGCUACAUCAGCUAAUCUGAAGUGGCCUAUCCUUCACUUUUAUAUACAGCUACACUAUAUGAGCAAUCUUCAGAUCACAUUCGUCUCUGAUCACUGUAAACUCCGAAGCUACUGCAAGUUGUCUUGAAAACGCAAUGUACCUACAAUAGUAACAGAAUAAGAGUUCAGCAUUUGUUCACUGGAUUUCAAACAAUGUCUUCAUGCAUGUGUACAUAAUUACCACAGUGAUCAUAUAACUGAGGGCAAUAGCCAUAUCAGUGUAUAUGCUUUGCCUGUUACAUAUUUAUUAUAUGAUGAUAUUCAGUGUUUUGUGAACUUGUUUUAAGUAAAGUACUUGAAGGCACAUGCCAUAUCAGAGAAUAUGCUGUGUCUUAAAUGUCACAGCUGAUUUCAUGCACUGGCAUUUCUCUGGAUUUUAGCUAUUAAUUUUCUUAUAUCACUGCAAAGUUUAGUAAUUUAGAUCAUGAUUUUAUACAUUGAUGUUAUACAUUAGCUGCUUUAAUAUUCAUACUCAUAUUUCUAACAUUAUUCAGUCUUUGAUAUAGCAUCCGCACUCUUUCUAAAAACAUUAAGCUGAAUGUAUAAGCUUUUCUAUUAGGGAUUUUUGGUAAUGUGUUCCAGGUAGAUUUCCAUUCUCCCAUUGAACAUUGCAUCCCAUUGUCUUGCACUCGUCAUUGUAUUUAAUGAUAAUGAAAAAUGAUAAUGCCUUUUAUUAAUGUGAUUUGUAUUUGUACAGUGUUCACCUAUAGGAGAAAUCUAUUUUUAUACGAUGUUCAGAUACCAUAUCAGUGUAUAUGUACUGACACAUUGAUGUCUUACAUUAAUGCUUGCUGUGUUUUAUAGCGAUUUCCUAAGUGAAAUGAUUGAGAUGUAACUAAUAUUUAGUUGCCAGGCCAGUGCGUCUGCUCAAGUAUUAUUACAUGUUACCCAAAUCGGGUUCUUUUCUGUUCUGUCAAUAAAUGAGCAUAGCUAUA